AUGUACUUCAAAGCAACCGCCAUUGCCACCCUCCUCUCCCUCGCCGCUGCGGGCCCCAUCGCCACCCGCGAGGCCAGCUGUGCUACCAACGCCGUCACAACCUUGAACUCCCUUACAGACGAAGUCAAUGGCCUCAAGACCACAGCCCAGGGCAUCACUCUCGCUGGCAUGUUCAUCAAGAUCCCCACCCUGAUUACCGGAACAACGAAAACGAUCUCAACCGCCACGCUGGCGGCCACGAACCUCCGCUGUGACGAGGAGCUCAGCGAAGAGGACCAGAAGAAGGUCUGCGCUGCUGCUGAGGCUUUCGUCAAAGCCGAUCAGGGGCUCGUCUACGUUCUCAUCGGUAAGCAGGGGAUCAUAAACUAUGGACCUUUUGCCGCGCCUCUCCAGGCGGUUACCCGCCAGUUCGAGUCUGCUACGGACAGCCUGGUCUUUGGUGUUCUCGACGCGGCGCCGACCUGUGCUGGGAGCGUUGAGGAGCUAGUGAAGACCCUGGAUAAGGAUACACAGCACCUUCAGGAACUUCUGGAGCCUAGCCCCCAGGUCUAG